UUCCAAUCCCCUCCCAAUCAUGUGAUUCCGGUGUUCCAAUCCCCUCCAUAUCAUGUGAUUCAGGUGCUCCAAUCCCCUCCAUGGACACAGGUGUAUACAAUCAAGCCCCUAGGCAUGCAGACUGCUUCUACAAACAUUGGUGAAAGAAUGGGUCGCUCUCAGGAGCUCAGUGACUCCAAGCGUGGUCCCGUGAUAGGUGGUCACCUGGGCAAUAAGUCCAUCCGCGACAUUUCCUGGCUACUAAAUAUUCCACGCUCAACUGUUAGUGGGAUUAUAACAAAGCGGAAGCAACUGAGAACAACAGCCACUCAGCCACCAAGUGGUAGGCCACGUCACAUGACAGAGCGGGGUCAGCGCAUGCUGAAGCGCACAGUGCGCAGAAGUCACCAACUGUCUGCAAAGUCAAUAGCUAAAGACCCCAAACUUGGUGUGGCCUUACAUCACCAAGUGGAAUGCAAAGCGUUGUAUGCAGUG